UCAGAGGUUAUCGUUGUGGUGACAAAAUUAUUUAUGUGGGCAAUUUAAGUCUCAUUUUAGCCGUAUUAUAAGCAUUUUGGAAAUGUAUUUGAUUGUGAAUACUGACAUUUCUACAUAAUAUAGUAUGUGCCACACUUUAUGUGGUUGAAAAACUGAAAAAGAAGGAGUUUUAGUUUUGAACUGCAACAAGUUAAAACAAGAGAUAAAUGAAUCACGUAGUGAAUUGUGGUUGGUAACGUCCAAACAGUAACAAGGCCUUGUCAAGGCAAAUCGGAUUCAGUUUGUCAAACCAAAGUCAAACAUGAAAAUUGACAGUGGAAGUGUUAGUAGUUGAUAUAAACGGAAAAUCCAGAUUCAUGGAAUCUUAAAGUAAUUUUGUCAAGAGUAAUGUAGACAUAAUUUUGUUUGUUUUAUUGUGAUAAUGAGUUAAUAUCGUAACUUAAUAUUAUGGCUGCAAAAUACUCACGCUUGUCGACAGAAGACCCAGAACUUGGACAAGUGGCUUUUGAUUUUUCCUCCAGCCAUCAAUUCACCUCACCGUCUGCACAUUCUACUCAUGAUUACAGAUCCAUCUUCUCAUACUCCAAUGCAGACAUGCAGCUACGAGAAGAUCAUCUAACUCUAACAGUUGUCAAACAGUCUAUUGGAAAUCGAGUAUGCAGUUUUCUAAUCACAGCUGUGUGUUUUCUGUUGAUUGUAAUUACUUUCCCAGUAUCUGCAUGGAUAAGUAUAAAGAUUGUAUCAGACUGUGAGAGAAUGGUUGUGUUUAGACUUGGACGUCUCCAAGGGGUGAAAGGACCAGGUGUAACUUUUGUGAUACCAUGCAUUGAUAAUAUUAAGAAGGUUGAUGUUAGAUUGAAGGCAUUCAACGUCCCACCGCUGCAGUUACUGACGUCAGAUGCUGGAAUAAUAGAGUUAGGAGCCGAUGUGUACUACAAGGUCACUGAUCCUGUAAAGUCUGUGACGUCAGUGCAGGAUUUGAACACACAGCUGAGGGGACUGGUGAGGAACAGGCUGAUGAACACACUCACUAAAUAUGACCUGCAGGAUAUAGAGGAUAGGAAAGAUGAUAAUGUUGCUAAAAUUGUUACCGAAUGUAAUAAUACUGCAAGAGGAUGGGGAGCUGAUAUAUGUAGACUUGAAUUGUCACCAAUAAAAGUAUUACAAGCUGCUAAAACAGGAGCAAGUUUGCCAGGGCUCGGAGGACAAGAAGGUCUCACACAAGUAUUCCAGCAUCUGGCACAGUCAUUCUUAUCAUCGGGUCAGGGACAGAGGAAUACACCUCUGCAGGCAAUCAGUGAGUCUCAAGAGGCUGCUGGAGCUGCUGUUGCAACUGAAGAUGUAAAGUUGUUACCUCAGGUGACACCUGCACAUCUUGUUGAACUGGUUAGAGGUGUGCUGAGUGAGUCCUUAGUGAGAACUGUUAAUGCUGUAUACCAGUUUAAUCUGUCUGGUGAUAAUGGUGGAACCUUCUACUUAGAUUUAAAACGUGGAAAUGGAUUUGUUGGGGAAGGGCCAGCUACUAUGCAUGAACCAGACGUGACGCUAGAUCUAUCAGUGAGGGAUAUGCAGCGAAUGUUUGCAGACCAACUUAAACCUUUACAGGCCUAUAUGAGUGGGAGACUAAAAGUGUCAGGUGACCUAUCAGCUGCUAUGAGACUGGAAGAAGUGAUGGACAAGGUUGUCAGUAACACAACCAGUAGCUCUGUAGCUGGACAUACUGUAGUGAAUAUAUGAGACAAAAGUGUUAGAUUUUAAUGAUAGUGUAUGUAACGUCCAUUUUUAUCAGCGUUUGAACUAAAUGUGCCAAAGUGUAAUAAUUAUUUAAGACUCAAUGAAAUUAGCUCAAGCUAGGAUUGAUGUAUUACUAUGUCAAUUAAGUUUAUCUCCUGUAUUGUGAGCCAUAUUUUGACAAAGUUUAAUGUUGUUUCCCUUUCCUGCUGAGCUGUCUGUUAAAAGUUAACUUCCUGUGACCACACAAAAUUGCUAAGCUUGUAGUUGGAGUAUUUGUAUUUUACUUUCCUAGUUUUUAUUAAAGAAAUCGGAGCAAAUGAGGAGCAUUAUUCAUUAAAUCUGCUUCUCAUUUCAUUUAAAACAAGUGACCGAGUAUUGCAGUGGCAAAACACAAGUCCCCUACUGGUGGGAAACUUUCAAUAGUGACCUUGACCUUUGACUGACAAGAAUAGGUCAUGAGUUGACACAUUGUCUUGUCAUUUGGAACAUUUCUGCGUAGCACUAAGAUAACCCAUCAAUGCAUAUAAAAGUUAUGGAGCAGAAACAGUUUUUACUUGACCUUCAGUAGUGACCUUGAAUUUUGACCUACAAGCAUGUGCAUAAUCCACAUGUAUUGCCCUUUAUUCAUAUACCAAGUUUUAUGAACCUAGCUUGAGUAAUUGCAGGAUCCAGAUUUGUCGACGGACAGAGGGCAUUCCUUUAGUCCCCUCCAGUGUUCCACAGGUAGGGGACUAAUAAAGGAACCAGAAUAGGACAGCCACAUUCUUUCAUCAGCCUGAAUGAAUGCUGAACUAACCAUACUGUAUGUGUAAGCCGUAACUAACUAUACUGUAUGUGUAAGCUACAACUAACCAUACUGUAUGUGUAAGGUGUCGGCCCAAUACAAUUUCUUCUUCUUUGCUGUAUAGUAAAACAAGCAUCUUCUGACAUAGAUUGUGACUUUCACAACAAAAUUGCAGCAUUGACAACUCUAUUUCUAAAGAAUAACCCUGUUCCAAUCAAUAAAGCUUAGAAAAUCACUAUCAUCAACAAUGAACUUUUUUGCUAUACAUCAAAGUUUUAAGUUCAUGUUCAUAUUUCCAAUACACAUCUGUCAUGUCUACCAGUCUGGAGUAGUUUUUUAAUCCAUCCGCACAGGAAUAUAGUCCUGAAAAACACAGACAAAACAACUGUUAAAGACAUCAGAAAUGACACAAAAUGUACACAGUGACAGUAAAUACAUUUAGAAUUUAACAUGUCAAAGUAGGGAUGGCUUUAAAUUGGGAACUUCAAAAUUUCAAAGAACUACUUCCUAGGAUACAAUGACCUGGAAGUACUUCAAUACCGGGGUGACACCUAAAUCUAACCAAAUUUUGAAUUAAGCCAAAUUUUUUACCCAUAUUCUGGUAAUUUAGGGUAUUGUGAGAAAUGCUUAACAAGGCAUUCUCACCGCAAACUAAAUUCUGUACCGUAAUAACACUUUAAACAUGAGGCCUACUUUGCAGACAAAUUGGCUUGGAAACCACUAUUUCAAGUGAAAAUAGACACAUUUGGAAAAUUGUCAUGUCUUGAAAAAAAAAUUGAUGGAUUUUUAUGAAAUAAAGUUUGGUGUCACAG